AUGAAUUACUCAAUCAAAUUAGGUUUGUUCUUUGUUUCUAUGGAAAAGAGGCUAAGGGCAGCUUGUAAUGCUUCCGAUGCAAAGAUAGAUAAUGUUGCCAAGGUUCUUCAUGCUAUUUUAUGUCAAUAUGAAAAAUCCAUUCAAACUCCAGAGAAGUGGCAAAAACUUGUUGUCUUCUUACAGCAAAGUUUUGAAGGCCCGAUACUAGACCUAAUCAGGAGAUGGAUAAAUAAAGUUGAACAGAGUAUAAAGAGUUGGAGUCAUUCAAAUGGUGAAGUUAAUGCUAGAAAAGUCCAGAAUAUUAAAAAGGAGCUGAAUGCUUUGGAGACUGGCCUAAUUGAUAAAGUUCCAUCUCAAGAGGAAGUGAUCCUUAAGAAAUCCCUUCAAGUUCAAUUGUGGGAUGCAGCUUAUGCUUAUGAAUCUAUGCUCAGACAAAAGGCUAGAGUAAAGUGGUUAAAAGAAAGGGACAACAAAUCUACCUAUUUUCAUAGAUUGAUCAACCAUAGAAGAAGAAAAAAUGCCAUUCAAGGUAUCUCCAUAGAUAGUGUGUGGGUGCAUGAACCCUGCAGUGUUAAAAAAGUAGCUAUCCUUUAUUUCAAGGACAGAUUUUCAGAGGAAGUUUCUAGUAGACCAACCUUGGAUGGUGUUCAGUUCUCUACUCUUGAUCCAAGAGAUAAAGAAAGCCUUGUGACUAGAUUUUCUGAAGUGGAGAUCAAAUCAGCAGUUUGGGACUGUGGGGGGACAAAAGCCCUGGUCCGGAUGGGCUAA